AUUUUUACGGUAUUUCUCAGAGAAAAAAUGAAUAACAUUCAAAGAUUCAUUUAUUUCGUAAAAACCAAGUAAAAAACUUAGUUGUUUAAAUUAACUUUGCUUUAUUUAACUAAUACCCUUCGAAAUUUAGACAUGUAAUGCUGCUUGUCCUUUUCUAAAAUCGUUACAAAUUGUACAUUCCAAUUUCCACCUAGGUACCUUUUUUAUUAUAUUUCGGGAUCUAUUGAAAAACCAAACGUGAAAAAUGAUGCAAUUUAUGCUGUUGUUCAGCCGACAAGGCAAAUUGAGGCUGCAGAAGUGGUAUGUAGCUCACCCAGACAAACUAAAGAAGAAAAUUACUCGGGAACUUAUCACAACAGUUUUGGCUCGUAAGCCUAAGAUGUGCUCAUUUCUGGAAUGGAAGGAUGUCAAAGUGGUUUAUAAGAGGUAUGCAUCUUUGUACUUCUGCUGUGCGAUGGAACAAGAGGACAACGAGUUACUUACCCUUGAACUAAUUCACCGAUAUGUAGAACUUCUGGAUAAAUACUUUGGCAGUGUGUGCGAGCUUGACAUAAUCUUCAACUUCGAAAAGGCGUACUUCAUACUGGAUGAGCUGGUGCUGGGUGGCGAGCUGCAGGAGACCAGCAAGAAGAAUGUGCUCAAAGCCAUCGCUGCACAGGAUCUGCUGCAAGAGGACGAAGCUGUAGACGGCGCACUGCGGGAGGUGGGGCUGCUGUAGACCGGACGAGGACAAGACCCGGAGAUGUGGGGACAGCUACAAGCGAAACUAAGUCUUAAUUAUUUGCAUUACGUUAUAAAUUUGAAACAACAAAAAAUAUUGUCUUGACAGGAUACCUUUUGAUAAUAACAAUUUAACUGUCGCAUAUCAUAAAGUAGAUAAAAGAAUCUGGUCCCUGGACUAUGUACCCACUUAAGUUCUUUUCGGCAUUGACGAUAUAAAUAUCACACUCAUUAAAUGUAGGUUAGGAUUAUUAAAUAUAUAUUAAUAACCGGCGGCGGGCGGCAUGAAACAACAGCAGACCACGCGUCGCAGCGACUAGAAGAUUCUAUGAAUUUGUAUAAGAACAUGCAGUUCUUAUACAAAUUCAUAGAAUCUUCCCUACGAUUCAUCGUCUGCUGCUGCUGCUGCUGUUGCAUGCAGUCAGGUUCCAACCCGUACCCUAAUACGGUGCAUACAGCAUAAUAUUAUCUUAUUCACCGAUGUUGUCUUUAUCGAAAUCACUGGUAAUAUUAUGGUGAAUGGGACAUAGACAACAUCCACUGUGUUUUUUGUAACACAAAGUUUUUAUAAGUAAAGGUAAGAAAAAAAUGAACCGAGAAGUAUUAAUAGAGAAAUUAUUGAUCUAGUAAAGCAAGAUAACUAAAUAGUAAUAGGUACAAUGGGUGGAAAUGCCUUUACUUUGUAUCCGCAAUAAACAAUAACCAUGAGAUUAAAUUGGUGUUCCAAAAGUAUUAGAUAAAAGGUGGAUAAAAGAUUUUUGUUCGUUUAUAUUAUGUUAUUACUUUUUUUUUGUUUUUU